AAAAACAUCCCUUGCCAGCAUUUAUUGCAGAUUUGAAUGAAUUAUGAGCCAUCUUCCAUCUUUCACACCUCCAUAUUCCCAAUAGUUUCAGUAUGUCCCAGGAGGACACCCGGAAAAGAGUCGCCGUCAUCGGCGCGGGGGCCGCAGGCAUGUCCUGCGCCUCAACCCUAGCGAACCACCCCACCCAAUUCGCCGUAACGCUCAUCGACAGCGCCCCGCAAACGGGGGGCCAAGCGACAACGAUCCCGCUCGACGGCAGCAAACACGGGGGCGCGACGUGGCUGAACGACGGGGUGCAGGGAGGGUCGCCGAUCUUCCGACACACGUUCCACUUCUUCAAGCAGUACGGGUACGAGGCGCAGCCGGUGCAGCUGCAGGUGUCGUUCGGCAAGGGCGCCGACAGCUUCUUCACCAACGUGUUCCCGAGCCCGCUGGUCGACACCUAUCCGGCGGAGAUCUCCAAGCUGGGCCGCGUGCUGCGCUGGAUCAAGCGUCUAAUGCCUAUCUUGGGGCUGAUGCCCAUCCGCGCCAUGCUGAAGCUGUUCCGCUUCAGCGCCGACUUCGGCCAUAAGAUGGUGUUGCCGCUGAUCGCGCUGUUCCUCGGAACCGGCAAUCAGACCCCCAAUGUCGCCUGUGUGUUGCUUGAGCGCUUGUUCGAUGACCCGCAGAUGCGCCUGUGGGAAUAUGAUCCUGAUAUGCUGAUGCAGAAUCGGCCGUUGAUGUAUACGUUUCCGAACCUGGGGGAGUUCUAUAAGGACUGGAAGGCGGAUUUGGAGGCUAAGGGCGUUAGAGUGCUGCUGGAGACGGAGGUGGAUAUUCUCGAGCGGCGGAGGGGAGCGGGCGGCGUGAAGUUGAGGGUGAGGUCUGUGAAGGAGGGGCAGCGCGAGCCGGAGGAUGGCGCGCUGCAUGAGUUCGAUGAGCUGGUGCUGGCUUGUCCGGCGGACGAGGCGCUCGCCAUGCUCGGCAAGCAUGCCACCUGGCGCGAGAAGUACGUGCUGAACGGGGUCAAGUUCUUCAAUGAUCUGACCAUCACGCACACCGAUUCCGAUUACUUCAAUAGUUUGUUCGAGACGCGGUACAAGGACGAGUUGUGUGGGAAAGGCAGCAACGAGUCGCGCGAGGAGCAGAUCGCCUUCGCGCAGCAGAUGCCGCCGCGCUGUCGCAAGGAUGGUUGGGAGGGCUUCGCGCCCAUGUAUUUCACCCACUCGUUCGACUCCGACCCCGAUAAGAUCGAGAUGGGCUUCGAUUGCACCAACUACCAGCAUCAGUUCCGCGAGGCGCUCGGCGAGAAUGCCCUGCCGCUGGAGCCCGAGCGCCAUAUCUAUCAGACGAUUUUCUUGAAUGAGGACCACAAGCAUCUCUGGACCUGGGAGGGCAUCGACGAGGAUAAGAUCAUUGGCAAGAAGUGGUGGCACCAAUUUGGACAUCGCUGGCAGCAUUACCUGAGGGUCGUACCGGGUAUGAUGUUCAUCAAUGGGAAGAAUAAUACCCUGUAUGCUGGGGCCUGGACUAUGGUGAAUAUGCAUGAAAUCGCGUGUAUCUCCGGUAUGGCGGCUGCUUACCGCUUGGGUGCCGUCUACGAUCCCUUCGACGACUUCGCGGAGGAUGUGUUCUCCAAGUAUCUCCUGGUCAGCCACGGCGUGAGAUACAAGCGGAGGACAUGAGUUGUUCCGGUCUGGCAAGAUAUAAGGAUCAUACAUUAAUUAUAGUGAGUUGUAAUCAAUUACAGAACGUAUCGGAAAUCAUCAAUCUCCAGAUCCGUCUGGUUG